CUCCCCCACUCUCUCUCUCUCUCACCGCGGCGACGUGGUCGCUAUGCCGCGUUGCUGAAGGUGCGCGCGCGCGCGCGUUCAUCAGCUCCCGUCGCGAGUCGUGAGAGCGCAAAAGGCAUCGUCUCGUCUCUCCGACUCGUCUCUCCAACGACGACGAACAUCCGCGGACAUCAAAGAUCGCGCGCGCACGCACAGCAGCAGCAGCAGAGCACAGCGAACGGAUCGCUCGCUCGCUGCGGUAAUCGCCAUCGCAUCGACAUCGGAAGCGAGGAGGGGAGAGGGGGGCAAGACGCUGGCUGUAGUUGGGGAAGGCGGCUCCCGCUGCUGCUCCAGCCGCUGCUGCUGCUGCUGCUACCUGUGGUGGUGAGCGAGCCUUCGAGACGCAAGGGGUUUGGGAUUCGCGGACGGGAGGCGGCGGAGGCGGCGGCGGCGGUGGGAUUUUUGCACGGCUGACCUUCCCCGUCGCGGACCAUGCGGGGAGCAUCCCUGCUCACAGCCCCCUGACAUGCAAGCGAAGAAGAUCUUCCCGGCGGGAUUCAUCACGUCGCUGCUUUGCCUCGCAGUGACAGCGUCAGCGGCCGCCGUCGAUGACUGUACUUUCGAAGUUGUGGGCAACAUGGGCAAUCUCAUUGACAACUUUGUCAACCAGCUCCCGUUGGACUACGGCGUGACGGUUUGGGGUCCGCAGGACAACAGGAAUUCGGAGAAUUGUUUCGAGAAAAACCCCUUCGAGAUGGCCCUGGAAUCACUGAGCUCUCUGCUCAGUCAGCUACACAACGGGAGCAAUGUGAGCAUGAGCGGCAAUACGUUACUCAAGACGCUCAAGGACAUCUGCCAUUCGAACGAGACCGUUUGCCUUUGCCAAGCACGAGUGAAGCCGGACUCGCUCGCCACGGCCCUCAAGCGCCUCACGAAAGACGUCGGCAAAUCCGAGGGGGCUUCCAGCAAGUGCCUCUCCAGCCCAGCGACGACAAAGGACACCGAGAGCACAGCUUCGCCCGUCCCAACGUCCGCAGCAAACACAGAUGCCACCUCCAGGCCGGUGGUGCCACCAGCCUCGUCCGCUCCAGCUGCUGCAGAAAACAUGACGGCAGAUGCCACCUCCAGACCGGCAGUCUCAGACCAUUGUGCAAACGGAGAGAGCCGAGCCGGAAUGUCCGCGGAGUCACCCUCGGGCGUCGACACUUGGAGGAUCCCCGCCUGCGUCUUCAUGGGCACCACGGGCGUUCUGCUCGUCUACCUCGUGGCCGGUUGGCAUUGCGAGAGGCGCCGCCGCUCGUUGGCGACCCACUGGUCGAUGAGGAACUGCCACGUGCCACUGCAGCAUGCCGAGCGCCAGACUCUCAUGGCGUUGCGGUCUGCCACAGGGACGGAGGCUGACAACCAGAGCGACGACCCGGGCACCGUCGACAACCUCGUAUGACCACCAAGGAAGGCGUCGGUAGUAGAGGCGCCCGUGGCCCACGGCGCGACCCACCACGCGACCAUGGGCUGACGGUGCCGGUAGCCGUUUCACCUCCCGGGCGGGCACCCACCACCUCCGUCCAUCGGCGGGACCGUGUGGAGAGGAGCUGUCGUCGUCGUUGUCAUCCACGCCGCCGCCGCCGUUGUCCGCAUCUCCGCGGCGGUGGAUUUCUCAGCUGCCCGACUGCCGCUCGAAGCGUCCAGCCCUCCUCUUGAGUCGCGUCUUCAAAUACUGUGGGGGAAAAAAACGAGAAACAGCCGCCACCACCAUCACCGACCGGAAGGUGGACCUGCGCUUGGGUGGGAGUGAUGGGGUCCUUCUCUCGUGCUCCCUGUCCAUUAGACCUUGAGCCGGUAUUUAAAAUCCCCCACAUUCUUACACCAAGGGCCUCGUCUAUAAACGCAGCAACAAGAGCAGCAGCAGCAACUGUUUUUGACUUCCUUGAACACAGCAGCAGCAACAACAACGACGACGAUCGAUUAUUGCCCUUCCAUGGAGCAGCAAACUUUUUCAUACCCCUCCCCCCCCCACACUGUCCCCACCACCCCCCCCCCCCCCAACAUUGACAGCUGCGAAUGUAACGCCAGACCCUGGCCCGAUAUGAACUUUUACUUUCCCAAACUCCUGAGCCAGCCACAACGGCGACCGACCUCCACCCCAGAGCGCUUCGAAAAUAAUCUGGCGGGGUGGGGGGGGGGGGUACACGAACGACUCGACGGCAGCAAAAGAACGUAACGCCAACCCCUCCCCGGGCCUCCGUGCGUGCGGCUCCAGUGGCUGGAAACGUCGCUGCAUUGUGGACCACGUGGUCGCGUCGUGGAGCACGUGGUCGCGGCGUGGAGCACGUGGUCGCGGCGUGGAGCACGUGGUCGCGGCGUGGAGCACGUGGUCGCGGCGUGGAGCACGUGGGCGCGACGUGGAGCACGUGGACGCGGCGUGGAGCACGUGGGCGCGGCGUGGAGCACGUGGUCGCGGCGUGGAGCACGUGGGCGCGGCGUGGAGCACGUGGUCGCGGCGUGGAGCACGUGGUCGCGGCGUGGAGCACGUGGGCGCGGCGUGGAGCACGUGGGCGCGGCGUGGAGCACGUGGUCGCGGCGUGGAGCACGUGGUCGCGGCGUAGAGCACGUGGGCGCGGAGCACGUGGUCGCGGCGUGGAGCACGUGGGCGCGGCGUGGAGCACCCCACACACGGGCUUCCGUGCCUCACCAAUAUUUUUCGCCACCGUCCCACCGCCGCUUCUCUCGACCGGUGGCACAGAGGCGUUGACGGAGCGAGCUGCGGAGCGCCGCGUCUUGACGGCUUCCGCAUUGUCGGCCGGCUCCAAAGGGGUGCCGAUUUCAUCCACCGUGGAAGGAACGACGUUCAUCCAGGUCAACACCCUCCCCCCACCCCCCAAUGCCAGAUUAUCCUAAUAGCAAAAGUAGCUACAUAUGCUACGGGCCCCGCACUUUUAAGGGCCCCACGCAAAAUUCCUUCAAGCUAUACAUUCCGGUUCAGUGAUUCUGCACUUGCUCUAUUACUAUAUAGUGCUAGACUGCCUUAAACUUUUAUGAACGACUGGGUGUUUAAGGUGAGCCAUUUGCCAUAUUAUCUGGCUGUAUAGCAAAUGAAAAAAACACAAUCACUUUAUUCUACAAGUUAAACAUUUGUGUUUUAAUAUUUGUGUUUUUUUUGUUCAUUAUAUUUCUAGUUAGGGCCCCUUUAUAACAUAUGCUACAGGCCCCGCACUAGCUUAAUCCGGCACUGCCCCUCCCCCCCCCCACCACGGCUUGCAAAGUGAGAGGUCGUGACCUGACAAGGGAGACGGUUUUCACGAGGAGAGGGAGUGUGGGAUGCACACGUGGGCGAUUUGCACGUCCUCGUCGCGAGUGUGAGGACCAGGUUGCGUUGAAGAUACGUGAAAUGUAUCUGGAAAUGUAUUUUAACUUUCAAACAAAAGAGUUGCUUUGAAAAGAGAUAGGCACCCAAGCUGUGAUGUGUAAAAUAUAAAGUAUGGUAUGUGUUAUGUAAGUAUUUAUGCAUAUAUCUUAUCGACGUAUAAAUCUUGACUUAAGUUUUACUAAGCAUAGGACACAAACAAUGUAAAUGUCACGGCUGUGAACAACGUGUAACAAAUCACUCCACUCGCAAAUAAAGAGAUUGCCUUCACAUCAACUGCACCCUAAAUGCACGUUUUAAAAAAAAUAUAUAUUUUUCGAGAAUAACAGAAUGAGCACUGUACGAUACGUGACUCCGUGGAAAACAUGAGAUUUUUUGUUGCAAUUGUACAAUAUUCCAUCCAUUCUUCCCGAUGUCCCCUUCUUUCAGCUCCGUCGCUCCGCACAUCCGUCCGUCUGUGUGGUACCUGUACGGGGAGAGGGGGGUGGGGGGGUCGGGGGUGUGGGAGAGUGCGUGGGGUGGGUUGUUGAGGGCGGUCACUACUCUAAACACUCAUGAAGUUGGUCCAAAAGGAACUAAAACCUUGACUUAAAGCUUCCGUGACUGCAGGAAUUCAACUAAAACUUUACGACAAAUUUGCGUCGUUAUUUUACGCACUUCGGCUCACCAAAAAACGCCCGCCAAUUCGAUCAAAGGGUUGUGUUAAAAAUAUAUAUUUAAAAACAGAUUUCAGAUGCAAACCAGCGCUGAACAACCGACAUUCCUCGGACAUCUGUCCCCGACGAUAUUUUAAGGUCACACAAUUGCAGGAAACGAUGUUGAAUACAUAUAUAUGGGUUUACAUCCCAAGGCAUAGCCAUGCAAGACGUUGACCAUCGUCUGUGAAAUUCGGUCAACUUCGGGAUUUAAACGGAUACUUAUAAAGGAAGGGAUGUUUAAAUCAGUUGUGUUUCUCCCCACUGGCUCAGGACUACAAGUACUUCUAGAGAGGAAGUACUUAACAACCAAUAUUACUUUCCUCCCUCUUUUUAAUUUCGAAACACACAUUCGUUUGUGCGUCGUGAACUUGACAACUUGGAAACGAACUCCCUCUGAUGAGAGGAAACAAUCGGUCCAGGUUCGAGAGGUCAUCAUGUCAAGUAGUGUGCAACCCUUUCCCAAUCCACUGCUAGAUGACGGCCCGCCUCACACCGUGUCGGUUACAUCGAAAUCUAUUCACCAUAUUCACCGCGCUGGUCAACGUGGGUUGGCGAUGGGGACGUCGAACCUCGUCUUCCUGCGAUAUUCGUAUCGCCGUUGCGCUCACCGCUACGCCGUCCGCUCCACCCGUCAUCACGGUCACACUACUCGUCUUAGAGACGACGGUCGGUGAAGCCGAUACGUCAAUGCACUGGUUGCAGUUCGAAUGGCGUCGCGAGACGAUGCGGGAGGCUUUGCUGGGACCUUUAAAGCUUGCGAACCUCAUGACCUUCGUUAUUCGCGACGCGUUUUUUGUUGUUGUUAAUCCGCCGCUGAAUGAGAAAAGGGCUGUCCACGCCGUGUCGAUCGCGGGCAAUCGUUUGACCGUUACUUGGCCACCCUGGUCGGUGGCAUUUGGUGAAAAAAGUUCCUUGUACAGGAGCGGCUCGGGCAUCGGACGCCACUGAUGUCAGUGCCCCGUGGCCAGGAUUCGAACUCAGGAGAGUCAGGUUCCGAGCACAGCAGCGGCCAAUUUUUUUCCCCGCCUUUCCUUGAGCAGCGGAGGGACUUGUCUUCAUGCAGCAGCUACUGCUCUGGCUUUCACUUUUGAGCAUAGACUCAAGGUGUGUGUGUGUGUGUGUUUUAUGUAUUUGCCUAAACGAUUAAAGUAAGUGAUCAUGGACUCUUGCAGAUUGAGCCGCACUAUCGAGUAAUAUAUAUAUAGCUAUUUUUUUGGAAUGUAAAAAAAAACCUAACCUUUUGCAAUGAAUGUGUUUGUCACGUUAUUACAUGUUCUUAAAAAGUGGGGGGCGGGAGGGGAGGGAGUUAGGGAGUAGGUUGUUUUUUUUAUAAA